AUGAAGUUCCUCUUUGUGGUUGCUCUGAUCGCCUUGGCCAUUCAGUUGGCCUGUUCUGCAACUGGCACAACUUCAACUACAACGGCUGCUACGACUACAACAACGACAACCACUGCGGCAUCAACCACCUCAACAACCGCCUCUUCCACCCACAAGAAGCUCUGUUGGAGGGGCAACAACUGGUGCCACACCCGCAUCCCCAAGAAGAAGUGCAAGAACCCAAAGAGGUGCCACAAGACCGUUGUGAUCGUGACCCACAGAAAGAAUUAA